AUGCCUUCGAAAAUUCCUAGGCCGACGGGUAAAGAAAGUGUGCCCGAGAGAAGCGAUUCGCAGACCUCGAACGAGUCAACGAGAAGAACAUCGACUCGUUUAGCAGCUAAGACAAACACUGGAAUUCCCAGUUUGAGCCGUACUGCUUCUGCAGCUUCGACAGACAGUGUUGAAUCAACUUCUCAGUCUAAGAAAAACACACCAACCAGGGGUAGAAAAGCUGCUCCAAAGAAGGAUUCACAAGCAGUUGAAAGUGUGCCUAAAAGCCGAGCAGCAGCCAAAAGUAAAGCAACAUCCUCAUCACCCACACCUAGUGAACUAGCUGGAACUCGACCGAGAACACGAAGUAUAACCAGGAGUGGAUCAGUCCUUUCCGAUGUAACGGAUAUCUUGGAUAAUUCCGUUUUCAGAACUCCAAGCAAAGGCUCUGAAACUCCAACUAAAGAGUCUCGUAGGAAGAGUCGAGCUAAUGCGGUUGUGGAACUCGACAUAAUCGAUGAAAGCGAUGAUGUUGUCCCAUGCUCUCAGGGAAGCCCUUCGAGAGUAACUAGAUCUAUGAGAAAGAAGAAUACUGGAGAUGAGGAGGUGCUUGACAUAACUGAUAAUGAUUUCGUCCUAGUAGAUAGAGAAAUUUCUCCAAUUAGAACUCCAGCCAAAAACAGAAAUGCAUUAAUCGUCAAAAAUUUAACAAAGAGUUUAUUCACUCCCAUCGUCGACUCACCCCCAGAGUCGGUUGCGGAAACGGAACCAACAUCACAAAUGAAAAGUCCCAAGAAAACUCCACAAAAGUCAUCAGAAAAGAGCCCUCAAAAGACUCCCGAGAAAGUUGCCCAGAAGUCUUCUGAGGAGAAUCAACAGGAGACUCUUCCAAAGUCACCAGAGAAAACUCCUCAAAAGUCAGCACAGAAGACUCCCCAAAAAUCAGCACAGAAGACUCCUCAAAAGUCAGCACAGAAGACUCCCCCACAGUCAGCACAGAAGACUCCUCAAAAGUCAGCACAGAAGACUCCUCCAAAGUCACCACAGAAAACUCCUCACAAGUCACCACAGAAGACUCCUCAAAAGUCUCCUCAGAAAACUCAGGUUGAGGAAGUUGUACUCGAUAGCGAUGAUGCAAUGGAUUGGGAGCCAAUACCUCUGGGAGAUGAAAUGGUAGAUUCUUCGAGUAAGAGUGCAAAAGUGUCUGACGACACAACUGUUGCUUUUGAUACUACUAAGGUGCAAACACAAGUGGUUUGUGAGCAAGGAGAGAAACCCUCUAGUCCUGACAGCGAUAUAAGUGUCAUCUUGCUCUCCGAAGCUGCUGAGGCUGACGAAACAUCAAUUGAAGAAUCCACGCCAAAAUCCAAGCAAACCAAAAGAACUGGCACUGAUGCAGCGCACCGAACAGAAUCUGAGUCUAGUUCUAGAGAUGCUUCGGUCAAUAGGAGGAAUGAGCUCGAUAGUCGGCGAGAAAUUAUAACCGAAAAGAAUGCGAAUGGUAGCGAUGACAAGAUCAAUAAGGUUUCCCCAGUCAAGAAAACCCCUAGCAAGAAGACACUUAAAUCAUCUCAGAAGAAGAAAUCAAAUGAACAGCCUAUCGAGAAUGUGAUGGAUAAGGAAGAAACAAUUGAUGAGCAGAAGAGAAAUAAAAAGGGUAAGAAGGCGACUGCACUGUCCAGCCACAGUGACAUCAAGGGAGAUCUCGUCGAUCCAGUGCAGGGCGACGAGAAUGAGCAAAACAGUUUCUACCCUGAAUUGACUUUCAAAAGCCUAUUUAAAAGACCUGCUGCAACUGGAAAGACUAUUUCCAAUUCACUCUCGGAACUAUAUUCUUGGACAUGUCAUCUGAAGAAGAGACCUGACGAUCUUUGUGAUCGAUUCAUAAAUGAUGAUGAGGAGACCAUAUGGCAACACAUCGCUCACAAGAACAAGCAGAUCUUCAAAGAGUUUAGCAAGUUAAAAGAUAUCCUUCACGAGGAAGUCAAACUGCAUAGUAGCGCUUUGGAAGCAGACAGUGAUGAUGAUGAAGAUGAUGAUGAAGAAGAGAAAGAAAUUGAUGAUGAGGAGGAUUUUGAUGAUGAAGAAGAAGAUUUGGACGACGAAGAAGGAGAGACUGACCUCUUUAAUCUAAAAGGUGAAGAUCUUGCCGAGCUCGAAAGAAAGCUGCAACAUGGAUUAGACGAUGAUGGCAACCCACUCUCUGAUAAUGACGAAGGGGGAGACGAUGAUGAAGAUGAUGAUGAAGAUGAGACAGCUAAACCGAAAAGAAAGUUCCCCAAAAGCUCUGUUGAUGACAAGUUCUUCAAUCUUGCUGAAAUGGACGCGUUCUUGGAUGAGGCUGAAAAAGAGAAAGAGGAUGAUGAUGGUUUAUUACUCACUGCAGAGGAUGACUGGGGUGGAGCUGCUGAUUACAAAUAUGAAGACUUCUUCGGCAAGUUACAAGAUGUAGUUGCGGAUAGCGGGUCGAGAAAGGAAAAGAAACCUAAGAAGCGGUCUCGAGAGGAAGGAGAUGAGAUGAGUGCACCAAAAAAGAAGAAAUCAGUUCAUUGGAAAGACGAGGAGGAAGCAGCCGAGAGCGAAGAAGAGGCAGAGGCUGAUGAGCAGGGUAACGAUGCAACUGAAGCUCUACCUGUACUUCUGGGAGAAGUCCAACAGCCUGAAGAAGAGCCCCAAACCAACUUGAAGAGAAGCUUAAAGAAGUUGAAAGAGACGAUCAAAACAUUAGAAGAGGAAAAUCUUAAGCCAAAAACUUGGGAACUCAGUGGUGAAGUGCAAGCUACUGAUCGUAGCGAGAAUGAAAUUCUAGAAAAACAUCUCGAAUACGAUUACGGUUUAAAAAGAGCACCCGAUGUGACACAAGAUUUCACAGAGAAGUUAGAAUCCGUCAUUCUGCAGCGCAUUAAAGACAAUGUGUUCGAUGAUGUUCAACGGAAGAAAAAGAUUGAGGAGCGUGUUGAGGACUACAGAAAUGAGCCGAUCGAAGAGAGAGAGAGCAUGAAAAAGUCUCUUUCGGAUGUGUAUGAGAAGGAUUAUCAGAAUGCAGCUGGGCAAGUGGAGAAAGACAAGCCAAAUGAAGUUCAUCAGGCUAUUGAGAAUAGAAUGAAAGAUCUGUUCAAUCUGAUUGAUGCCCUAUCUCACUUCGAGUUUACACCUCCAGAGGCUCGACCUGAGAUUCGUGUUGUCACUAAUGUGGACGCUGUUAGAGUUGAAGAAGUCGGAAUGAUGGCAUCUACCGAUGCUCAAUUGUUAGCUCCAGAAGAAGUGAAGAAGAGAGAAAAGGGUGAUAUCAAGGCCGAUGACGAGAGAACAAAGACAGACAAGUUGCGUCAAAGACGAAAGAAGAAGAUCAGACAGAGAGUGAUGGUCUCGAUUGUUGGAGAUAAGACGGAAGGCAAUGAUGAGAAGAAGAAGAAGAAGAAGGAAAAGAGCGGAGAAGCAACAGAAACGAAAAUGAAGAGUAGCACCUUCUUCAAUCAAUUGCAAGAAACUGUAGAAAGUGAAUUGAAAGAGAAAACAACGAAAAAGAAGAAAGUGAAGUCUGAAAAAGUGUCAAGCGGAGGCUCCAAGUUCAAACUUUAA